AUGGCCGGCUGGAAUGAACAUCAGAGCGAUUUUCCAGCUGAUCUGCCAGAUGAUUUAUUCUCCAACUCACUGGACCUCGAUUUCGAACUGUCGAGCGAUUUGAUGGACUGGUCGAACCUGAUAUCAUCGUCGUCGUCGACAUCGGUGGUCGACAACAUCAUCAACAGCAUCAACAACAACCCCAGCGGCGAUGGUGGUGGCCUAGCAAUAGCAGCGUCGACAUCAUCAACAACACCAGUAGCAGCCCAACUGAACCCUCAGCACAUCCCUUGUCUGACCUUUAACCCUGGGAUCACUAAACAUAAUGAUGAGGAUGAUGAUGUAUACUCUAAUAAUAAUCAGAUUAGCGUCGACUGCACGGGCAGUAGUCCGAGUUUGCCGGUGCAAGGAGUUAUGCAACAACAACAACAGCAACAACUACAGCUGCAACAGCAGCAGCAGCAACAACAACAACAAUUGCUUUUACAACAAAAGCAGACCAGCCAUCAAUUUGUUCAGCAGCAUCAACAACAGUUAUUAUUACAACAACAAAUUCAACAACAACUUCAACAACAUCAGCAACAUCCUCAACUACAACAACAGCAGAUUUUGAUACAACAACAACAACAACCCAUUCAGCAGAAAAUUGUAUUCCAACAACAACAUCAACAACAACAACUAUUAGCACAGCAGCAGUUGUUGCAACAUCAACAACUGCAACUACAAUCUCAACAACAUCAACAAAUUUUUAUUCCACAACAACAGCAACAACAAAUUCUUCAGCAGCAGCAGCAGCAACAACAGCUUAUAUUGCAGCAGCAGCAGCAGCAACAACAACAACAAAUACUUCUAUCCCAAUCUCAAAAUCAGCAGAUAUUCUUGCAGCAACCACAACAGCAACUGCAGCUACAACAACAACAGCAGCGUCAGCAUCUUCUUUUGCAACAGCAGCAGCAACAACAACAACCACAGCAACAACAACAAAUUGUUUUGCAACAACAACAACCGCAACAGCAAAGAAUAAUAAUUCGGCCUCCGAGCGUGAUACAGCAGCAGCAAUUCUUUAUAGCUGAGAAUCAAACAGUCAACGUGCUACCGACGACGACAACGACGACGACGACGUUUCAACAGCCACACAAGCAGUUAUUUUUCAUUAAUGGCAACGAUAAUGCUCAACAACAACAACAACAACAACAUCAAAUUCUGCAAACUGUAGGUAGUAGCUUUCAACAACCACAACAGCAGCAGCAGAUGCUACUACAGCAACUGCAGCAAAACAGCUGCAAUGAUGUUGUCCUGAAGAUUGGUAACCAGCUCUUCAAAAUUCAACAACAGCCCAUCCAGCCGCAACAGCAACCGUUGCAGCAACAACAGUUACUGCAUCAGCAACUACUUCAACAGCAGCAACUACAGCUGCAACAACCACAACAGCAACAGCAAUUAACUCAACAACAACAGCAACAAAUUUUACUGCAACAACAACAACAACUCAAUCAAAAGCAGCAGCUGCAGCAAUUGCAGCAGAUCUCAUCAUUUGGACAGCAACCGCAGCAACUUCCUAAACCACAGCAGCCACAACAACCACCGCAACAAGAACGACUACAGCUGCUUAAUCCUCCGCAACAACAGCCUUUUCAGAUGUUUCCUCCCCAGCAACAACAACCGCAACAACAACAACUUCAGCAACAACAACAACAUCAAAUCUUGAAGUUUCAGCAAGCAAACGUCACGCAGACAACAACAACAACAUCAACUGCAUUUCUUUCUCAACAAAAUAAUUCAUUCCAAGACAACAUCAACAACUUCAACAAUAACAACAACAACAACAGCAUCAACAAUAACAACAGCAACAACAGCAUCAACAACAACAUCAACAACAACAACAUCAACAACAACAAUUCUUUCACUAUAACAACGACAUCAUCAUCAGCGCCUAUAGCGAAAGUCCGCCCAUUAGACUGUCAAUCGAACUCGACGGUAGAUAAUAUGAGCUUGUUGAAAGAUUUUUACGAAGGCCUAGAUUACAACAACAGAAUAAAACUGGAGACCUACUUCAAGCACAAUCCGGACUUGCAGCUGAAGCUGCUAGCUGCCUCCAACAAGCUCCAGAAGCAUCAGCUGUUGUCGUUCGUUCGGGCUAGCCAGCCAGCUCUUCUACUCAAAGCUAACGAGCUAUUUAUAGCUACAGCUAUAGCUACAGUUACAGCUAAUGAUAACAACGAUAAUAACCACGAUGCAGCUACUUCAUCGGCUUCAGCAGCUGCCGUGUUGACUACGGCAGCGAUGAUGACGACCGCCAUUGCGGUUUCCACAAUCAGCAAGCUGACGACUCAAGAGAAAAUCAACUUCCUGUUGGCGAAAGAUCAAAAUAAAGCAAGACAGCCUAACGUCACCGAUCCGAUAUCGACCCUGAGAGAGGCUUUGCAGUCUUUGGUUCCAUAUCACGUGUACCAGACUGGUUUCGACGACGAUGACGUCAUCGCCAGGGCUGAUGAUCUGUACGAGGGCAUGAGUGGGAGGCUACUGCAGCAGAUGCACGAGCAAAAGGAGAAGUACAGGGAAAUACUAAUUCAGAAAUCCAUGAAACAGUGCGAGGCGGCCGAGGAGGUCUAUUUAGGUCGACUGUUCCUUAUUCAAGAGAAGGCCUUGCUGAAAGAGGAACGUGACCUAGUUUCUACGUGUCCUGAUGAUAUGGCCGUUGCUGGCCUACUCCUAAGUUCCAAUGCGAACGAUGCAGACGAUGGUGAUGAUGGUGAUGAUGAUGGUGGCAUAGUUUUCAGGGAUAGAGAGAGUUGCAAAACUUUGAACUAUCCCUAUAUAAGCGCUGAUGAUGAGUUAAAUCGAAAUAAGACCCAUACGCCUCAUCUUGAACACCGAUGA